AUCCAAUCCAAUAAGUGGUCACAAGAUUCUGACUGUUUACGUUCACGCCUCUUUCGCAUUCCUUGUUUUAGUUGUUGGGUUACGGGAACCUCAGGAUGCCAGGUACAGUGGGCGGUCUUUCUCAAGACAUUAAACAGGCAGAUGAUGACGUUCGAUCGAUCUGCGAAAAGGUCCGGCCUGAAGUGGAAUCUCGAGCAGGCAAAGCCUUCUCCCAAUUUACCCCACUUCAUUACAAGACUCAACUGGUGAAUGGAGUCAACUACUUCGUCAAGGUUCAGAUCGGAGAAUCCGAGUAUAUUCACGUCAGAGCUCACAAGUCCUUCCAGGGUGAAGUCACCCUCUGGGGACAUCAAGAAAACAAGUCUCUCCAAGAUGAAUUAGUGCAUUUCCAGUAAUGACGCACUUUCUUGUAACUGGUCAUAAUAAACUCCGUCAUCACGUG